AUGAGUCAGCGGCCAACGGACAUCUCAAUCUGGAGGAAUGGAGUUGGUAAGUAAGAUGAUUAGUUGCGAGUCUCAUUAGCAGCUGGGGAGGCGCUGGAAAAUGGAAUUUAACUUGAUUUUUGAAGUGUUUUUCUACUACACUUUCUUCAACUAAAAUAAUGUUUUUUUUCAGAUUUUCGCCCAAUAAUCUUUUUUGUUUUCCUCUUCUCAAUUCUUGCCGGAUUCCUAGCACUUGGCGGGCUCGAUGCAAUCAGAAAAUCGAUGAAGUUGACACCAGAACUUGAAGUGUUGUCCGAAAGUCUUCAGAAGUCUGAGGAAAUCACCGAAGAGACAGAGAUUCAGCAAUGGAUCUACAAAUUCGGUGCUGUCAAAUGCCCCUCUCAACAGAACUACAGCCAAAUUGAGAAGGAAGCCUUUGCCCUCGUCACUACAGUGGAGCGGCUACACAAGUUCGUCUGGGGACGAAAAUUUAUACUACAGACGGAUCACAGACCCUUACUCACCCUCCUAAAUCCCUCAAAUACAAAAGGACUGAGUGACCGAACCGCGGCAAGACUCAGGAGAUGGGCGUUACGUCUUAUUGGAUAUGACUUCACCAUAGAGUACAUCAAAACCGAUCAAUUCGGUCAAGCCGAUUGUCUCUCCAGACUGAUCCAAGCAGCUCGAUCAGAUGAGGACCCAGAACUCGAGACGGUCAUCGCCUCCUUCGAAGUCCUGGAAAGGGAAAUCAAUGAAGUCAUCACUGAAAAUUUGAGUACGUACACCACUCAAUCGGAGUUCAUCCAGGCGACGAAAGCCGACCCCCUGUUCCAAACCCUCAUACAACGAAUUUCGAAGGGAUGGAAAACCUCCGACAAAGAUGAUCCGCUGCUAAGACCUUACGUUCUAAUCAAAGAUUCCCUAUCAGAAGUCAAAGGAAUCCUACUCUACGAUGACAGAGUGAUGAUCCCAAAAGCUUACAGGAAAAAGGUUAUCGAAAAAUUACACCAAGCCCACCCAGGAACUACACGAAUGAAGAAAUUGGCACGAAGCCAUUUCUACUGGCCUCAAAUGGGCAAGGAUAUCGAGAUGGCGGUUAAAGGUUGUCAACAUUGCAUCGACACCGCCAAUACACCCCGCAAAAUCCCACUCCAACCUUGGCCAGAAACCCAAAAACCAUGGUCUAGGAUUCAUCUCGAUUUCGCCGAACCUAAGAAAGGUCAUCAAUUCCUUGUUGUCGUUGACAGUUAUUCCAAACUCCUGGACGCGCACUGGAUGAACCCUGCGGACUCCAAAAAUUUGAUCGCCUACUUACACAUCCUGUUCCGACACUUUGGAGCCCCGGAAACUCUUGUCACAGAUAACGGAGGACAGUUUAUUUCCGAAGAGUUCGCCAAAUUCUGUCAAGACCUCCAGAUCGUCCACCUCAAAAGCGCACCCAGGAUGCCUCAAAGCAAUGGCCACGCUGAAAGAUCAGUCCAGACACUGAAGAAAUCGUUGGAAGCCAACAAAUCUUCCCUCGAUACAGCGGUACUUACGUACAAUUACACCCCCAAUGAAGCUCUUGAUGGACGAACCCCCAACGAAGUCUUCUUUGGACGCCAACUCCGUACACCCUUUGAUGUUUUCAAACCAAACUCACCUCACUUCCCAAAUAUGGACAAAUCCGAUGACAUUACACAGCUAAAUCGGUCCCAGAAGAUCAUGAAGAAGAAAUUCGAUAGCCACCAUGGAGCCAGGCCUCGAUUCUUUACAAAGGGAGAGAUGGUGACGAUACAACUCGUUACUGGUAAACGAGUCACUGGGAAACUCAUUCAGUUCUUGGGGAAGACUAUGGCAAAAGUUCAAGUGCAGGACCAAGUACACACUCGCCACUUCAACCAAAUCUGGAAGCGGUUCCCUUACGAGUACGAUACGAUGGUGGAAGAAGAGAAUAAUACACCCCCGGCAAGUUAUUCCUCUAAUCUAUCCCACUAUUUUCCGGUUGUUCCGAACCGAUCUAAUGGACCUGACGCACCUCCUACCGUUGCCCGGCGAAUACAGCCCAGCCGAAACGCCAAGAAGCCCUUGGACUAUCAACAGCUCUCCGGCCGUCGUCAAAAAGCCAAGCAAUGA